AUGUGGAGUGUAGGUUUCAAUGUGUCAAGAGAAGUGCUGCUGGCCAUCCGGCAGUCAAACAAUCAGCGCGUAGAGCAUUUGAUAGAGGGCCUGGUGAAUGCUUUGCGCCAUCAUCGACAGUCCCUAAGCCAAGACAUUGGUACUCCAUUGUGGGACUUCGCCUGUGCUGUCCAGCGGCUUUCCAGCUUUCCUUUGGGAGCCCAGAAAGACGCAUUUUGGGACGAAGUGGUGCAUGUAUUGAAAUUCAAAACAGCUGAGCUACAAUCAAGAGAGCUGGCACUUUUCUGCAAUGCAUUGGCUUCCGAGCCAGCACACUGUGCAACAGUGGCGCCAGAUCUGUUGCAUAGGGCUGUUGAACUCAGACAGGCGCCAGAGCCACUGACGGAGAUGACUGCGCAAGAUCUGCAAAUGAUUGUUCACGGAUUGUCGAGGGCAAUGGCUUCCUCAGAAACAUUGAGUCUCUGCGCUCACGAUGUCAAGUCUCUGGCAAACCUCGUGCUGGAGGAUGGAUUUGAACUUGAACAAAACCGGCCAUUGCAAGCUGCACAGAUUCUGGACAGCUUCGCCAGGCUUCGACAUGACAAUGAUGCCGUUCUGUCAAAGUGCAUCUUUGACUAUGCUCAGGAGACACUGCCCAGGUGGGAUGCAUCUGCACUGACUCAGCUGUGUGCUGGGUUGGCUGCGUCUCGCCGAGCAGCGAGACAACCUUUGGAAAGUCUGGAAGUAAAGGGCGUGAAUGGCUGGGGACGACUUGUGCAUCGCUGUGUGGAGGUGCUGCCCAAAGCAGAACCAUGGCAACUGGCUGCGCUUGCACGCUCCCUGGGAAAAGUUGGAGCACCCAAGGUCGAAUUGGCGCACUUCUAUGAUGCCUUGGAGGAACGCUUGUGCAACUCGCCGCGCCUGUGCGAACUUCUUUCUACCAAAAAUCUUGCAGUGCUGAGCAAUGCUCUAGCACGGCAGCGUUGCCCCUUGUGGCCUGAACGUGGUGAAGAGCCUUUGACGUCUUGGCAGCUGGAGGAGUACGUCGGUCGCAGAGUGCAAGACUUUGAUCCUCCAUCGCUUUGCAUUGUCCUCAAUGCUGCCAUGAGACUUCGACGCGGCGGGCAGGCACUUUUCGAACUCCUUGUUGAGCCAUUGCGCUUGCAAGAACUUGAGGCAGAACAGGUGGCACUUCUGUUCAGCGCCGCUGCUGCAGCUGGACCUUUUAUUGGUUUGAGUCCAUCUUUGCAGAUGUUGCGGAAGCUCAUGCCUCGAUGCCGGUCCUUGGCUUCUUCAUUUCUGCCCUGGCAACUGGCCUAUAUCGCACAAUCCCUGGAGCUUUUGGGUCAGCUUCGUCGGAGUGAUAGUGGGCCGAUGCUUUGGCAAGCCAUGUCAGCAGCUGAGACUGUGGAAGAGCUUUGCCAGCGAGCAGAGGAGGUAGUGACAAGCAGGGAAAAGCAACAACACAUCAUCAAGCAGUUGCGUGAGAGUGUCGAGCAGCACAGCCGAAGGCGGCCUUUUUCGAGCAGUGCACUUUGCAGUGUGAAAAAUGGCGUGCAUCGGAGAUGCAUCGGAGAUGUUGUGACUGCAACGCGGUUCGACAGAGUUGAGCUAAGCUGGGACUCUAUGGAAGAACACAUGCAUAGGCUCAAUAUGACAACAAUCAUGUCUCCAGGUCUUAUUAUCGCCAACCUCCCACUGUGCCAAUACCAAAAGCACAAUCUUCCAAACUCUUGCACUUUCUAUUCAGCAACAAGAACGCAGUUAGGAGCACAGUGUUUUGCGUUUUACAGAUAAGGCUAUUAUCCGGCCACCCGUUGCCACCGUUGCCACCGUUGCCAUCCGCUCUUGCAGCAGAUCAAGGCAUGCCGACAGCUGAGCCUGCUGCCUUCGAUGCAGUGUCCAUGUCGCCAGAUGUGCCCAGAGUUGGAGCACAGGGCGGAAAUCCUGAGGCCUCGCAGAACAGGCUGGUACAGAUGUUGCAGACUGCAGCCCAUCCUGCGACCUGUGUAUUUCACGCGGCCUUCAAAAUAGUUGUGCUCCUCAUAUACAUCUAUGGACGGUACAUUCACAGUGCGUAUGUCUCAACCUUCAUCCUUUGCACCAUCUUUGCUGCCUUGGAUUUCUGGACGGUGAAAAACAUCUCUGGAAGACUUUUGGUGGGCCUGCGGUGGUGGAACUUGGUCAAGGAGGACGGUUCUUCGGAGUGGGUCUUCGAGUCAAAUCCAGAUGAGGGCAACUUGAAUGCUACAGACCGCAACAUCUUCUGGGGCGUCACAUAUGUAUGGCCAGUACUGUGGGCUGUCUUCCUUUUCAUGAACAUCUUGAACUUCAGCUUGGACUGGGUACUUCUCAAUAUCAUGAUCUUCGUUUUUGCUGGGACGAACCUGGCCGGGUACUGGAAAUGCUCCACAGAUGCUAAGAAGCGAGCGACACAAUGGGUACAGAGUGAAGGCAUGAGGGCUGUUGCUGGAGCCAUGGGCUUUGCCUGACAAAAUUGACGAAUGACGCCAAAGACGAAA